GCUAUUUGCAGCAUCAGUUGAUCCCGGCAUCACUUGCCUUUGCAUAAUAGUCGUUUUUUUAAAAGAAGAAAAUCCACCUGACAGUCUAUCUGAUGUGCAAUUCUCAGUUCCGCUCGGGAUUUUAAGGUCUCUUGAACACAUCGGACGUAGGAAGUGUUGCGCCCACAUGGGCAGCGUCCUGGCUUUGUCUUCCGGUCCGGGCCAUCACAACUGGCCUUUCUCCACGGACCCCCCACCUUCCCGCUGGGACGGUCAUCCUGCUCACUGGGACAGUCCACCACGCUGGGAGAGGAGAGAUGGCCGCCUACCCAACCCAGGAAGCUUUCACUCUCUCCACAGGAGCUGCAAAGAUGUUUUCCCUCAACAGAUUGAGGGUGUUAAGAUGAUCGUCAAUAAAACUCUGAGCAGCUUCUUCAAGGUCAGUCACACUCUACAUCUCAGUGCUGUUAGUCCUUCGUACUAUCGAUUCCACGUGGAGCAUCUGCAGUCUGACGAUUACAGCAAAGACAAGGAUGCCCCAGCACUGAUCGGUGAAAUGGACUCUUCAGGUAGCCUGAACGCUCAUGCUCUGCUGCACCUCUCUGAGCGUGUACGAGCCAGAACAGUGUUCCAGACUCAGCAGUCCCAGUUCGUAACGUGGCAGUUUGAGACUGAGUACAGGGGGAACGACUUCACAGCUGCUGUGACAGUAGCCAACCCAGACAUCCUCAGAGAGUCAGUUAUCCUUGUGGCACACUUCCUGCAGAGUGUGUCUUCUGGACUUGUGUUAGGAGGGGAGCUGGUCUACCAUCGGGGACGAGCAGAGGAAGGAGGAAUUCUUACUUUGGCUGGACAGUACUCGCGACCAAAUUGGGUGGCGACUCUGAAUGCUGGGAAAGGAGGUGCCCAUGCCAGCUACUACCACCGAGCCAACAAACAGAUCCAAGUUGGAGUGGAGUUUGAGGCCAGUACCAGGACGCAGGAGACCACAACCUCGUUCGGGUAUCAGAUGGAACUCCCAGAGGCCAACAUGGUAUUUCGAGGUAUGAUAAACAGUCGGUGUAUAAUAGGAGGCGUGUUGGAGAAGCGCCUGACCCCGCUCCCUGCCACCCUGAUUAUGGGUGCCUUUGUAAAUCACAGAGGUGACAAGCUGCAAGUGGGCCUAGGUGUCAAUGUGGGAUAAUCCUCCUGCUGAUAUUACAACUAACUGUCAGGACAACCGUCCAGAGACUAGAGACUUCAUAAUGACCUGCUCUUCUAAGGUUUAUCAGCCUCAGUAAAACAUUUGGAACCGCCUGAGUAUGGUGGAUUUUUUUUGGGUGUUGAAGCCCAAAAUUUUCCCUUAAAUCGAUGCAUCUCAUCUUGCAACCUACCUCUCAAAAUGGAGGUGAUGUUUUCUGAUUGGGUGACAAUAGGAUUACACAGGAAGACUGGAUCAACAUUUUGAGGGGCACAACUGACUUGAGAUAAGUUAUUGUCUCCCUGAAACCAGACUGUACAUCACCUUCUGGACCAUGGAAACAGAAAGGAUAAGAGGCAUACUGUACUGUAAACUGCAAGUAAAUAAAUGUUUUGUACUGUAAGUAGUUGUAAAGAAACUUUAUGGAUAUAGAUAACAUUAAAAGAUAAAAGGGUUUUUCAUGUUUAACCCAUUUACUAGAAUUUAUGUUUACCUGAUCUGCCUGCCAUUUUCUACAACACAUUGUUGUUUGUAAAAUUAAUACUGACUAAUAUGACUUUUCCCAUCCUGCAGGCAGCCAUCAUUUAAAAAUCAAUUCUUGCAAACAGCAUAGCUCAUCAUUGCAACACUUUUUGGCAUCUGUUUCCUAUAUCUUGAAUUGAGGCUGGAGCUUCCAAUUGCUUGACACCAAUGUGGAUAUGGUUUGAAACAGUUGCUGCGCCCAGCAUUACCACACGGUACUAACAGCUGAUUAAAUGUCCACUGAUUCAUUAUCUCAAGCAAGUUUCUGAGAUGAUUUUUAACCAUGUUUAUCAAUCUAGAAACAAACUGGUCCCCAGUUAUGUCCGCUCUGUGUGAGUUUUAGUAAAUGGAUGACAUCAUGCUAAAACACCAGUAUGAUCCCUAAAAGUGUGUGUAUGCUUUUGAGUUUCAUUGUCAUCUUUUGUUUGCCAGCUUAUAAACGUAUGUGGGAGCUCUACACACGAAGUAGCCCUUUGACUCUUAAAGAAAAGGUGCUGCACCAUAUAAACUAAACCCAACUGAGGGAUGUGAGUGGCUGUGCACUAACUCUGCUGAGCCAGGACUGUACUGUAUGUAUAUAUAUAGAUGAAGGCUUGUGGAAACACUGACCUGUAUGCAACCUGCACUAUUCACGCUGCUUCUGGGCAUUGCCAGUCCUGUUAAACAUUAUGAAAUGUUGCAUAUGUAUUAUUUAUACAUUAUGUAAUAUAAGCAUG